GGACAUUAUCCAUUCGCCCUUCAAUAUGUCAUAGCCUACAUCGAUUGAAGAGACUACGGGGGUGUGAUUCCAAAUAAGGAUUUUAUUAGAUCAUGAACAAACUAUAUGUCGGGAAUUUGAGUCCUUCGGUCACCGUCGAGGACUUGAAGCAGCUCUUUGGUGAGAGGAAGCUUCCAGUGGCCGAUCAGGUCCUGCUCAAAUCCGGCUAUGCCUUUGUGGACUUCCCCGAUCAAAACUGGGCCAUUAAAGCAAUUGAAACUCUAUCUGGAAAAGUUGAAUUACAUGGGAAGGUGAUUGAGGUAGACUACUCUGUUCCCAAAAAACUAAGGAGUCGGAAGAUCCAGAUCCGGAACAUCCCCCCUCAUCUUCAGUGGGAGGUUUUGGACAGCCUUUUAGCACAGUAUGGUACAGUCGAGAACGUGGAACAAGUCAACACUGACACAGAAACAGCUGUGGUGAAUGUCACAUACGCAACAAAGGAAGAAACGAAAGUAGCGAUCGAGAAGCUGACUGGACACCAGUUCGAGGACUACUCUUUCCACGUGUCCUACAUCAUGGACACGGACGCCGCUCCGCCACCUCAGCAGCAGUCUCCGCGCCUGCGUCGGGGCGGACGCUCGUCACGGGAGCAGGAUGCGUCCUCACAGCCCGGUCCGUCGGGCGGACUGGCCUCACAACGCCACAAGGCCCAACACGACUUCCCCCUGCGCCUGCUCGUGCCCACGCAGUUUGUCGGCGCCAUCAUCGGCAAGGAGGGCCUCACCAUCAAGAAUGUCACCAAACAGACACAGUCCAAGGUAGACAUCCACCGGAAGGAGAAUGCCGGAGCGGCGGAGAAGCCCAUCACCAUCCACUCCACCCCCGAUGGCUGCUCUGCAGCCUGCCGCAUGAUCCUGGACAUCAUGCAGAAGGAGGCCAACGACACCAAGGUAACGGAGGAGAUCCCUUUGAAGAUCCUGGCUCACAACAGCCUGGUGGGCAGGCUAAUUGGGAAGGAGGGCCGGAACCUGAAGAAGAUCGAGGAGGAAACGGGGACCAAGAUCACCAUCUCCUCAUUACAAGACUUAACCAUUUACAACCCUGAGCGGACCAUCACAAUAAAAGGCAGCUUGGAGGCCUGCUGUAAGGCGGAGGUGGAGAUCAUGCGAAAGCUGAGGGAAGCCUACGAGAAUGACAUUGCUGCUAUAAACCAACAAACCAACUUGAUCCCGGGGCUGAACCUCAACGCCUUGGGCAUCUUUUCCACGGGCCUUCCAAUGCUGCCUCACGCUGCCGGGCCUCGCGGGGUCCCCCCUGUGCCUCCUGCGGGAUACAGCCCUUUCCUGAGUCCCUCGUCACAUCUAAGUGGCUUAUACGGAGUUCCUCCAGCCAGUGCCAUUGCCCACCAGCACACGUCAGCUCCGGAGCAGGAGGUGGUCUACCUCUUUAUUCCAACUCAGGCUGUUGGGGCAAUUAUCGGCAAAAAGGGCCAGCACAUUAAGCAACUCGCACGGUUCGCCGGAGCGUCUAUUAAGAUUGCGCCGGCAGAAAGCCCUGAUGUCACCCAGAGGAUGGUGAUCAUCACAGGGCCCCCAGAAGCCCAGUUUAAGGCUCAGGGCAGGAUAUUUGGGAAGCUGAAGGAGGAGAACUUCUUCACGGCGAAAGAGGAGGUCAAGCUUGAGACGCAUAUCAAAGUGCCCUCUUCUGCCGCUGGCAGGGUCAUUGGCAAAGGUGGCAAAACGGUGAAUGAAUUGCAGAACCUCACCAGCGCAGAGGUCAUUGUGCCUCGGGACCAAACACCUGACGAAAAUGACGAGGUCUUUGUCAAAAUCAGUGGGCAUUUCUUCGCUAGCCAGACUGCACAGAGGAAGAUCAGGGAGAUCAUCCAGCAGGUGAAGCAGCAAGAACACAAGCACCAGCAGGGGGGUCCCGUGCCACGCCACGCCAAGUGACCGGCAGGGCCGCCCCAGCGGGCACCAGCCAAUGAAUGUAGCCCUCCCAACUGGAGCGAGAGAUUGAGCAAGAGAGAGAACGAGAGCGAGAGAGAAAAGAGUGGAAGAGAGCGAGACGGAGAAGAGUCAGAGGGGAACAGGCAAGAGGAAGACCAGCGGCAUCGGGAACAAAAGAAUAACCAAAGAACUUCACAUGGGGGAAAAGGUGUGAGCCAAAGGCUAACGGGGCUAAGUCGGCUGCCAGCCUAAGAGGGCUGUGGAUAUAUGCGGAGAGACAUGACUGUUCAAAAACUACCACCCACACACACACACACACACACACUCUGUUCACACGUGCUAAAACAUUGACAAAAAAAAAAUGGAAAAAAAAUGACAAAAAAAGAAUUGGGUAUCUUGAAAGAAUUGGGUAUCUUUUGUGUUCACAAGUUUAAAAGCAGGAAGCAUCAUCCUCCUGUGUUUAGGUUAUCUCAUUUAGUUGGACUAAUAUAGGCCUAACAACCACACUCACAAGAAAAGCUCUGUUCACACAGACAGUAUGUACAUUCAUGCAUAGUGUUUGAGGGAUUGGUGUAGACUUAGGUACAGGUGUGGAAUAGUGACUAAGAUAUUUUUUUAAAACAUUUUUUUUUAUUUCACCAACGGUUUUGAUGCUAAGAUUGCAAGUGUCGGUUUCCUUAGCAGUAUUAACAAACGUUAGAACAAAUAUACUGUUAUAUACUGAAAAGAUGUACUGUUAAUCUUGUUUAUACAUGGAGUAUAUAAGCACUUAUAUACAGACUGAUGUGUAUAUUUGUGUAUACAUAUAUAGUUGUAUGUAUAUAACAGUAUAUUUUUUCAUAGAUGAUAAAGAUCUUUUAAAAAGAAACUUGGGAGGGGAUCUUGGGGCAUACUUAGGGGGAAGAGUUUGAUUCAUAUAUAUAUUAUUUGUUUGCAUUUGAGAUAUUUAAAGUGAAACAAAGAUACGCAAAAGCAUUGACAAACUUAGAAGAGAGAAAGACAACUUAGUGGAUUAUUCGGAAUCCAUGUUAUUCAGCCUGUGUGUGCCAACUGCUCUUAGUUCACAUAUCCAACGCUGGUUACUUGUAUUUUGUUGUUACUAACGUUUCAGUCUUUUUGCUUAACUUUCUUUUUUCACUCUCGGGUGCUGUCAUCAGCGUCAGCUGAUGUCUGUGUUGUUGUUGUUUUUUGCUUUCUUUUGUUGCGUCACAGUGAAAUUCCACAUUGCCUGUGAUAUUACCUUGCAGCCUUUUUGACUUUUUGACUUUUACACGGCUGAUUUGACUGCCUCUUCUCGGUUAAGAAGACAUGAGAUAAAUCAUUACAGAGAGUGUGAGACUGUAGGCCUAUAUAUACAUAUAUACAUAUACACAUUGAUCAUCCAUACGAGGAGAGUGACCGCUCAAUUAGAUAUUUUGUCGUAGGAGGGGCUGUUGAAGAAUCUCAAAUCGAGCGUGGAGUUUGUCUGUCCCGGUGCGUUUUGUCAUACCCUGAGCAGAGGGAAGCAGUGCAGUGCAAAAGCGUGUGACAGAGGAAAGGGUGGCUGGGUGGGAUGUGAGGUGGGGGGUAGGGUUCAGUGAGGAGUGGAUGGGCGCAUGCGUGUGACAAAGGGGUUUUGGACAUUUGUUGGAGAGAGAAUUAGUAUGACCUGUGGUACACAUACACACCAACCCACACACAUACACACACACACACACACACACACACACACACACAACAGCGUUUGGCUUUAAACCUCUUAGUCAGGGAGCUUCUCUAAGUGGCUUGACAGAUGUGAAUGUAAAUAUGUACCACCUGCACUAUGUGUCUUAGUGCAGUGGUUGGGCCAGCCAGAAUGUGUUUUUGUUUUUUUUUUAAUCUUGAUACUUUAAAAUUUUCUAUCAUUUCAAAAAACAAUCAAACAGACAAAAAGGACGAAAAAUCUCAGCUCUUUUCACAUUUUCCUCAACACCCAGGUACAGAUUUAUCCCUUUGUGCUUUUGUUUAUUUUCAUUUUGUUUAUUCUUUGUGCGAGUGAAAGCUUGUGGCCUUAAUUGUCACCAAGUCAGUAACCUCACCAUGAGUUCCCCUCUCCUUCCCAACCUGCGAGCUACCAGCUGCAUCUUCCAGACGCAAGGUUAAUGCCAAUACGCACAGCUUCCUCCAUUGGUGUGUAUGCGUGCGUGUGUUUAUAUUAUAUAUAUAAAGAGAAAGAGAAGAUAUUUAUGAAUCUAUUUUUUUUUUUUCUAUUUUAUGACGAUAACUAUUACUGAUUCGGGGGGACACUGCCAUAUUGCUUUGAAGGGAAGUGUUUUAUUUUCUUGAGAAACUAAAAGAAGAAUUUAAAAAAUAUGACUAUGAAUAAUGACAGUAUAUUUUACAGGGCCCUUAAAGGGCUAUGGUGGGACAUUUUUAUAUGAGGUGGGAUUUUUUUUUUUAGCUCUAUGUUUGCAUUCCCUCAUAAUAUUUUCCGCAUUCACUUGCAAUAGUUUUGCAUUUACCAUUCCAAGGGAAUGCAAAACUAUUGUGAGGGGACCAAAAACUAUUGAGAGGGAAUGCAAAAGUUAUUGUGAGGGAACACAAAAAACGUUGCAAGGGAAUGCAAAACCAUUGUUAAGAAAGCAAUAGGUGCUUACAAAGUAAAUUCCCACCCCAAUUAAAAAAUAAUUACCCACUAUGUCCCCAUAGAGGCUCUGUAAUAAUUCAACGCUAAUGGGGAGAAAAUAAAACACAUGAAUCACCGCAUUACUUUGAUCAGGAUGUAAACAGUGCGCAUGUUAGUUUUUAUGAUCUACCUCAGGCUUCAGGGUACCUCAGUCCAAUCUUUCAU